CUCGUUGACUCUUACAAACUCAGCUAAACAGACUUAUUAUGGGUGUUGCGUCUACAUACAGUGUUCGUUGCAGGCGUUUGCGUGGCUGCUACUUCAGCUGCAGCAAACUCGUCAGAGUCUAUGUCAUCCCCAAAGUCAUCAGAAUCAUCAUUCGCCAGAUCAAUAACGGGCGCAGCAUCAAUAACUAGCGAUUGUGCGGGGAACGCCUCUUGGAUGGGUGACUCGAGCGGCCGGUUGUCAAACAGGGACGCUACCUGCUCGAGGUCUGCAGCAAAUUCGUCCUCGUCGUCUUCUAUCCCAAACUCGUCCUCGCUAUCAGCAGCCUUUGGGGUAGUCGCAAUGACUGCUGGGGCGUACCCAGGUGGGAUUUUAGGAUUUGCUUGUGACGCGGCUGAUGGCUCGGUUGCGAGGGUACCGGCAUUGGCCACAUCGGCCAUGUCUGUGUCGAAAUCGACGUCGCCGAAAUCAUCAGAAGAUGGAGAGGGUUGUGACUGCUGACCUGCCGACUGCUGCUCGUUGGGCAUUUGUGGGAAUUCAUAGUCUUCAGCAGCAAGACGAUCGAAAUCAUCUUCAUCGGCACAGUUCUUGGCUUGCAGAGUGUAGGAAGUCUCGUCCUCA